CAGUUGCCUGAUAACAAUGAAAAAGAUAUGACAGAAUCUUCGAAAACGAAGACAGAGCAAAAUGUUUAGAAUUCAGUUACUGGUAUUUUUAACGUUUUGUUUGUUAAAAACAUGUGUGGGUCAAGUGUUGCAAUUUGGAGACUGUGCCGCGGUGGAGACGAUGAGAUACUUUGAUUUAGUCAGUUUUCUCGGAACGUGGUACGAGAUAGAAAGGUUUCCAACCUGGUUUGAGGACUACGGGCAGUGUGCCUACAAGCGGAUCCAGUACUGCAACAGGCGUGUCGAGUUGGAACACGCCUUCAUCAGGGACGGCAUCCAGUUCAUACUCCAUGUUAACAGUACCUACAACCCUGGAGAUGAAGCUAUCUUCGUUAUACAAGAGAAUAGUAUUGAUCCCGUUGGCAUACCGCUGUCUGUCAUAACAACAGACUAUACAAACUAUGCUGUUGUGUACGGCUGUAAAACAAAUGAAGCACUGGGUAUCAAAUAUAUUCUAGCUUGGAUUUUAUCAAGAAACACCACAUUAGAUCCAGAUCUCCUACGUCAAGCGCAUUUAGAAUUGAACUCGGUGCCCAACGCAGACGUAGCACAUCUUCAACACGUGGACCAGAGACCGGAGAAAUGCCACUACCACUGGACCGCGCAUGUCCAGGCUGUAAACUUAAAUGAAGAUCAAAAAUAAACUGUUAAGUAAAUAUGUGUUGUCACUGACAUUAAGAAGCCAAGUGUUAUAAGUAAUGUGCCCGCGUGAAAACAAAAUCUGGGAUAAAUAUUUUCUCGGAAUAAAAGUGAUCUAUAGCAUUCAGGAGUUGUAAGUGGAAAAAAAAAUCGGUAUAGUAGUUUCUAAGAUUAGCUCGUUCAAAGUAACAAACUCUUCAUCUUUAUAUGAUAGUACUUAGUACAGAUUUGUCAAAUUU